CAUAAUAACAGAACAAUGCAUAUAAGUUUCUCUUCUCUUAUUUUCGUAUAUUCAAAUUCUCUUCUCUUGCAAAUUGCAACAUUUCUGAUUCAUUAUUUCAUAUAUUUAGGGGAUGACAAAGUGUUUAUCUCUCUUCCGAAGAAAAACAGGUGGUGGAUCGGAGGAACGCAACGAAGAUAGCUUAAGCGACAAGCCAAACGUGAAUGGAGAAUACUUCAAAGCAUUCAGAACAAAGUCAUACAUUGAUAUAUGUAACAAAGUUCAUAAACAUGAAAUUGAUAACACAAGCUCCAUAUCAUCGAUCUCUUCCUCGUGUUCCACAUCUUCUUCAACUUCUCUACCUAAUUAUUUCUUGAAUCUGACUGAACAUUUACUAGAACCUCGAAAAGAAAUUGUUACAAAAAUAAUCAAGUGUUUGAAGGUGCACCGUCUUCUGGUGGACUACUUUGAAUCGAGUUUAGAAGCAUGUCUUUGUUGUGACACGAUCCUUCAAAGUAUUCGUCAAACUAGAUUUGUUUAUGGAAGAGUCACUAAUGCAGUUAAUAAGCUAAGCGAAAGAGUAGUACUUGAAUAUGACACUGACACCAACAUGGACACAAACAACAACAUCAAUGCUAUCUAUAAAGAGCUUGCUUCCUUUGUAUUGCAAAAUAACAACAAUCCUUUUUGUUUAUCUAAUAAUGUUAUUAAGUUUCACAACAUUCAAGAGAAACACAUGGUGCUUCUUAAUAGACUAAACUCAAAGAGAUUGAAACUUAGAAGAAGAAUAAGAAUAAAGAGGUUAUGCAAGAAAGUUGGAGGAAUUGGUCUAAUCGUUUCGCAAACCACACUUUUGGUGGCUUUGUUGUUCUUUGCUUUCCAUAGCAUAAUUGGAUUGGCUGCUGCACCUUAUGUAGUGGGUGGAUUCUUAGGAUUGAUGAAGAAAAAGAAGAGAUUCGUCAAGUAUAGUACUUGUUCUGAAAAACUGUAUGAGCAAAUUGAUGUAGCUGCAAAAGGGGUUUAUAUAGUGAUAAAUGAUAUGGAUACUAUGAGCCGUAUGGUUAAGAGGUUAGAGGAUGAAGUAGAACAUUGGAGAGAGGUUGCUGAUAUUUGUGUGAAGAAUUAUGGCAAUGGGAAUGGAAAGGGUAGGUGUGAAAUAUUGAGGAUGGUUGUGAGGGAAUUUCAUGAUUGUCAAACUCAAUUUCUGGACCAGUUAGAAGAGCUUGAGGAGCAUAUUUAUUUGUGUUUUCUUACUAUUAACAGAUCUAGAAGACUGCUUAUGCAAGAGAUUACUCACAAGUAAUGUUGAAAUGAUCAAUGAAGAUUGAAGACAAUCUUUUAGCAGUGUAUGGGCCAAGUUCAGUAAACUUCCCUUUGUUGCUGCUGCUGUAGAGUUAGGCUUUGACAAGUGCUCAUUAUUUCCAUUUUCUUAUACUCUCUAUAAUUCUUUGAUUUUUUUAAGACAUGUUGUUUAUUUUUUAUUUUUUUAAUAUUAUAAAUAAAAAUCAAGUUUCAUC